AUGGAACCCAAAUGGUUGUGGUUGAGUGUGUUGUUGUUGUUGUUAGAAGGAUGCAGAUGGUAUGGUACUGAUGCGUGUUGGGAGAAUGAGAGGAUUGCUCUCUUGCAACUCAAACCUUUCUUCAAUCCUUACAACGAUCUGAACAGCUGGGUUGAUGAGAUCAAGGGUUCAGAUUGCUGUCAAUGGGAUAGGGUCGAGUGCAACACCUCCUCCUCCUCUUCCAAGCGAGUCAUAGCACUCUCUCUUGAUUAUACAAGAUGGUCCAACAACGAAAGAUGGUAUCUUAAUGCCUCUUUGUUUCUUCCUUUCAAGGAACUGAAGCAUCUUUCUUUGCCAGGGAAUAACAUCGCUGGUUUUGCAAAGCUAAAUUUGGAGAUCCUUGACUUAAGUUUCAAUUACCUCAAUGAUACAAUUUUAUUAUCUUUGAGUCAACUUUCAUCUCUCAAGGAUUUAUAUCUAGCAGAAACUUGUUCACAGGAUCAACUCAUGCAAACGGUUUCCAAUGGCUCUCAAGACUUGAAUCACUCUCCACUAUCACCUGCUCUGUACCUUGUUCAAAAGCUAAUUGUAGUCCCCAAAGGAUCGCUCUUAACUCUGUAUGAAGGGUCCAGUCUACCCAAGUCACUGUUAAAAACAGCACGUUACUAUUCGAAAUCUCUAAGAACAGCACCUAGCCCAGCUUCUUUUUCUCUAUCCACUGCAUCCACAAUGAGCUUUAACAUGUCCAGUACAGGAGGUUGCCAACUCUAUCCUUGUGGCGUCCUCAAGAUCAUAGUUGGUUGGGCAACCAAUUCUAGCCUUUCCCUCACGCAGGCUGUCUUUACCAAUGAUUUCCACACGGCACAUGAACGGCACUUUUGCAUUCCUUUCUGGCCUUCCAAGUCUAAAGUCCCUGUAUAUGGGGAGAACCAAUUGCAAGGCUCAAUAGAUAUUGGAGAUAGUGGGAGACAGCUGAACUUGACCCAUUUAGAAGAAUUUGAUUUGAGUGAUAAUCUCAUUAAUGACAACAUAUUUGCAUCACUCAGCGGGCUUUCAAAUUUGAAGUCUUUGGAUGUAAGCUUCAAUCAGUUAAAUGGAUCAAUAGAUAUGAAAGACUUGGGUGCUUUUACCAACUUAGAGGUAUUGGAUAUGAGCUAUAAUGAUUUGAAUGAAUUUGUGGCCUGUAAAGAAUUGCAUGUGUGGAGCAAUGUGGAGGAAAUAUUUCUAGAUGGUUCUUAUCUCAACAACAACAUUUUGCAAAGCAUUGGAGCAUUCACUUCUCUUAAAACUUUGUCUUUACGUAACUGCGGACUUAUUGGUUCCUUACCUAAUCAAGGUUGGUGUGAUCUAAGGAACCUUAAAAGUUUGGAUAUCAGUAGGAAUGCACUUGAGGGGAUACUUCCUUAUUGUUUGGGUAACUUGACAUCUCUUCUUCAAUUGGAUAUCUCCUCCAAUCAAUUUACUGGAAAUUUGACGCCUUUAGCAAAUCUUUCAUCACUUGGAUUCAUCGUCCUUUCAAGAAAUCAUUUUCAAAUUUCAAUGCCAUUCCUAUCACGUGCAAACCUUCCAAAUCUCAAAGUUCUCUUCGGUGAUGAAAACAAGAUGGUAAUAGAACCUAAUUCCUUUCAUACUUCAAUUCCAAGGUUCCAACUAAAUUUCAUCAGUUUGUCAAAGUGCACAACAGAUAAAGGACUUAGCCUACAACCUCUUAAGUUCCUUUAUUACCAAUAUGACUUGAGAUAUGUUGAUCUUUCCUACAACUAUUUCAGUGGAAUAGUCCCAUUUUGGUUGUUAGAAAAUAACACAAAAUUAGAAAAUCUCUUCCUAUUGGGCAAUUCUUUCACCGGUCCUCUCUUGUUACCGCCACUUCCUAAUCCUAAUGUGUCUGUAAUUGACAUAUCUAAUAACAAAUUACAAGGUCAAAUUCCAACAAAUAUAUGUUCAACUCUUCCAAAAUUGGAAUUCUUAUUUUUAUCCAAGAAUGCCAUUGAAGGUAAUAUCCCUCCUUGUUUAAGUGACAUGGGCUUUUUAUCAGUUUUAGACCUAUCGGAUAAUCAUUUGUCUGGAAGAAUACCAGAAGAAUUGAUCAUGAGAAGCUCAUUACUUAUUCUUAGGCUAUCAAAUAACAACCUAAGUGGAAAGAUUGUUCCUAUGAUGUUCAAAACAAGCAAGUUGUCAAAAUUGUAUUUGGAUGGCAAUAAUUUUGCUGGAGAGAUUCCUGAUAUUGAUGUCUCUACUACUGAUUUUUCACAUUCAUCACUAGAGGAUAUUAAUCUCAGUAAUAACAGUUUUAAUGGAAAGCUCCCAAGAUGGAUAGGGAAUGUACCGCAUUUGGAGAGAUUGGCUUUGUCCAACAAUCAUUUCGAAGGUUCUAUUCCAAUGGAAUUGUGCAACUUGUAUGAGCUUGAAUUUUUGGAGCUUUCUCAAAACAAUUUAUCUGGCUCUAUUCCUUCUUGUUUCAAUCCACCAUAUUUGAGACAUGUCCACCUGAAGAGAAACAGACUAAGUGGUCCAUUGACACUUGCUUUUAAUAGCUCUUCAUUAGUGACAUUAGAUCUUAGAGGGAAUAAUUUAACCGGUAAUAUUCCAAAAUGGAUUGGCACAUUUUCUACUUUAAGCGUCUUUCUUUUGAAAGACAAUCAACUAGAUGGUGAAAUUCCAGUUCAAUUAUGCAAGUUGUAUUCAUUGAGCAUCAUAGAUCUUUCUGGAAAUAUGUUUUCUGGUCCUAUACCUUCUUGUUUGGGUAACUUAACUCUGGCAAUGAAAAAGGAGAAGUCAUUGAUACCUGAUGGUCGGUAUGCAAUAGGUAUACCUAAUGAUGCAUCAACAUACAUUGUGAUGAUAAUAUCGAAAACUCGUUGGUACCAUGAUAGCUACAUGGAAGAAUGGAUAGAGUUUACAACAAAGAGUAUGUCCUAUUCAUAUAGUGGUGACAUUCUUGAGUACAUGUCUGGGAUUGAUUUAUCUUGUAACAGGUUAACUGGGCAAAUCCCACUUGAAUUGGGAAACUUGAGUGAAAUCCGUUCGUUAAACUUAUCACACAAUAACUUGAUCGGAGUCAUACCUUCAUCAUUUUCAAAGCUUAAGCAAAUCGAGAGUUUGGACCUUUCUUACAACAACUUGAGUGGUAGAAUCCCUAUACAGUUGGUUGAGUUGAACUUCCUGGAGGUUUUCAGCGUGGCACACAACAACUUGUCAGGUAGUACUCCAGACCCAAAAGCUCAGUUUGGGACCUUUGAUGAAAGCAGCUACGAUGGAAACCCUCUUCUCUGUGGGCCUCCAUUGCAAAAUAACUGCUCUAAAACUAAGUCACCACCAACAGUACCGACUACAACAGACAAUGAAGGAGAAGGAAGAGUUAUGGAUUUUGCACUUUCAACAGAGUUUUAUGUCUCUGUCGAAACUCUGUUUUUGGAGUCAAAUACUGCAGAAGUUUUGGCCAUUAAGACUGCACUUCAAAUGUUUUCUUCUUCACCUUGGCUGGAAAAGGUUCUAGUUUUGAAAUCAGAUUCAAAAGUAGCAGUGAGUUGGGUAGUUUCUGGAAAUAUUGCUAUCAGGUGCAAAGACUGUUUCUGA